AAACUUUAUAAAAUAGGUGGUAUAAGGUGAGAAAAAUGCAAAGGGUAAAGUAAGGAAGAGAAAAGAAGAACAAACCUGAAAGAGUUGCCAUGUAUAAAAGAGGAACAAAAUCUGUUAGCUUUUUGCUGUUGGCACUUCUUUGGGACAGUGGUUACGUCUUAACUAUAAAAAGAGGCGAUACUGCAGCCCAUGUGAAUCUCACGGCAUCUUGUUGUCCACUCAAACAAUGUAACGUGGAUGGCUUUAAUGAUUGGUUCAAAGUGGACAAGUACUGUGUCAAAUACUUCAGUACACCUCUAAACUUUACUGACGCAGAGAACAGCUGUAGAAGAACAGUCCCUGGUGGACACCUGGUGUCAGUGCACAAUGCCGGGGCUAAUAACAACUUGCUCUCCAUUGUGACAAAGAUGAACCCAAAAAACUUGCGCAUCUGGCUCGGGGGAUAUGAAUUAUUUCAGUCUGGUAAAUUUCUUUGGACGGAUGGUUCCUUCUGGGACUAUGAGGAUUGGACUCCGGGUGAGCCCAGCAACCUCUACUCUAGCACGGAAGAAUGCGUGGAGAUGAACUGGAAAGAUGCGGGCAAAUGGAAUGAUGACUCUUGUAACUUUAAAAAAAACUACAUAUGUGCCUUCAAACGCAAGGGCAUCAUGGAUGAGUAGACUGAGAUGAUUUAUCACCCCUUAAAUCAUUUGUCAUCAUUUUUUUCUCAUCUGCAUCAACAAAAAAAU